AAUCCUGGCUUUUAAACUGUGUGAUUGUCAGCCACCCAGACCAGUAGUGUUUAGACAACCUCGAAGCCCGCCCAACGGUCGUGGGCUGGAGGCGGUUUCUCGCUGUUGGGGCGUGUGUGUGUCUGUGUGUGUGUUUGGGGAGACCGAGGGGUACGUGAAGGCGAAACACCGGCCAUGGCAGCCGCGGAGGAGGAGGACGGGGGCCCCGAAGGGCCAAACCGCGAGCGGGGCGGGGCGGGCGCGACCUUCGAAUGUAAUAUAUGCUUGGAGACUGCUCGGGAGGCUGUGGUCAGCGUGUGUGGCCACCUGUACUGUUGGCCCUGUCUUCAUCAGUGGUUGGAGACCCGGCCAGAGCGGCAAGAGUGCCCAGUGUGUAAAGCUGGGAUCAGCAGAGAAAAGGUUGUCCCUCUUUAUGGGCGAGGGAGCCAGAAGCCCCAGGAUCCCAGAUUGAAAACUCCACCCCGCCCCCAGGGCCAGCGACCAGCUUCAGAGAGCAGAGGGGGAUUCCAGUCAUUUGGUGAUACCGGGGGCUUUCACUUCUCAUUUGGUGUUGGUGCUUUUCCCUUUGGCUUUUUCACCACCGUCUUCAACACCCAUGAGCCAUUCCGUCGGGGUACAGUUUCAGAAGAGAGAGGAAACAGACUCGUUGCUCUCUUGGGAGGUUUUGCUUGGGGCAGAGGAGGUAUGUGUACUGAGGAAGGGUGGUAAGGUUCUCCAGGGUGGGCCAGGGAACUGGAGUCUGCGUUGUCCUUUAGCCCAGCCUCAGGGGCCCUGGGACUUGGAGAGAGAUCUCCUCACCAAUGACGACACUGACACCACGGCUUUCCUGGGACCCGUGGCUGGGAUGCAUGGCCACACAGCUGUAGGUUCCCUGGUCCUCAGGCUUCACCUCAGAGAGGACCAGCAUGGGGCUAGGGGGAAGGGGCAGGGGCAUGCCCUGGGGGGAGAAAGGGGACAGGAGGCUAUUUAUUACAACAUCUCUCCCCACAUCUGUACUUCUGUCUUAGUCUUCAUAUCCUCACAUACUCUGCCAUCUUUCCUAGCUCCUGCCUCCCCAUGAGCCUCCUGUCCUCCUAAUUGCCAGUAAUGUGUCUGUCUACUUCCCAGCCUCCCAGCCCCCUCUCCAAGUCACUCACGUCCUUGAUCCAGUGGAUUUGAACAGAGGAUUGGGCAGGAGUUUCACAGGUCAGGGUCACAGUACCACCAGGAGCUAGCAUUCCACCUGGCUCUACCAUCACUUGGACUUCCAGAGGCACAGACUCUGGAGUUGAGGGCAUGAAGUUGAGAGUUAUGCCUGUGUUGGUCCCAGUGGUCAUGGGCUUACUCUUCCCUCCUCCCUGAGGGCCUCCACUCACCCCAGACGUUGAGCUGGAUGGGGGCCGCAUGUAGGGCUCGACGCCGGGGAAGGCCAGGGCUGAAGCUACAGGAGAAGGUGGGGUGGGGAGCUCCUCCCUGGGCUGGGGUCACCAUCAGCUCCGACUGGAGUGUGAAAAGCCCUGUCUCAGGGUGUCUCCUGGUCUCCUCCUGCACAGAGACUCCUAUUGCGGGGAGGGGAGGACAAGGCAAGAUAUUCCAGGGUGGGUGUGGGAGAGGGGUCAGAGAGAAAGCAGCCAGGAGGGGGAACUUUGGGACUUACCUUUGCCAUCAGGUAUGAGGGGUUUCCCGUCCCAGUGCCAGCUAAGAGUCCCUGCAGGAUAGCCCCCCUCAGACACACAUGUCCCCACCUAGGGAAAGAGUGACCUUCAUCGUCUUUGAAAAUAAGAGAUUCCGCACACAUACAUGCACACCCCCCUCCAGCCUUAUACCCCCUUCCACUUCUGAGGAUGGCUUCCCUUUUCUUUACCUUACUGGGGACACCAGCCAUGAGUUCAGAGGCAGGAUUGAUGAUUUCUGGCUUUCCAGGAAUCUCUGAAGUAGAGAAAAUUUCAGUCAGAGGCUGUAGCUUUACAGACUCUUCCACCCUGGGUGUACAGGUUCUCACACACCAGGGCCAAGAGUCCAGGGCUAGGGUUGAAGGCUUUUCCUGAGAAGAGAGGUAGGCCAUGGAGAUGGCCCUGGAACUCUUACGGUAGACUCGGACUUGGUAGGUGGACCUCGUCUCCUUUCCAUUUCUGCUCGUUGCCCGGCACCGGAAAGUCCCCUCAUCCUGGAUCCCUACUGCUGGCAGGAGGAGGGAGCCAUUGGGGAGCACACGCGCUACACUAUCCCAGGGACCUCCCUGGGGAGAUAGGACCUUCCAAGCUUCUGUCCGACCUGUGUUCUGGGGACAGAGAAGAGCCUGAACAGUGCAAGUCCUCUGGGAAAGGACUUGUGAGACAGAGAGGUGGGGCCACCAACCAUCACUGGGCCCUGGCUGUGGGGAGCGGGAGCUGUGGCAGGAGCCCUGCUUACCAGCUUCCAUUCCAGCUGCUGCGGUGGCUUCUUGGGGGCCCCCCUACAGUUGAGCACCAGCGGCUUCCCGAUCCGAGCUGUGAUGUUUCGGUCACCUACUACUGCUCCUGGGAGAUGGGACAAUGGUGGAGGAGUAGGAGGGGAUUGGGGGGCCAACAAAAGAUGGGUGAGGGAGCUUGGAAAGUAGCGCUUGGGUUCCAGGAGAGUUCUGGGCAGAUUUGGGGAGGAGGAUGAAGUGCUUUCUGCAGGGAGGAUUGGUGUGAGGGUUGUGGCUCACCCCACAGACUGAGGACCAGCACCCAGGCUCCUGCCGCCGCUGCCGCCCCUGCUGCCAUCGUUCCUUCCCAGGCUUCUGGCUCUGUCUGCCCCUUGCUGCUGUGGCCACCGUCCUAGGUGGGGCUUGCACCCUCUCCCCUACCCCCAUCUUUCCAUCCUGUCCUAUCCGGCCACGGGGAAUGCUAGGAAUUCAUGCUUCUUAGACAAGAGUCCUUCAGGUACUAGGAGAAACAAUGAUCACCCCACCCUUAGGCAGUGCCAGUCUGGGCACAGCCAUGUCCGUGGGGGUUGGGAGUGGACCUCCUAAGGUUUCUUAGUAUUCAGGACCCCUAACCCAUUCCAUCAGUCCACUGAGGGCUUGCCUGGUGGACGAUGGGAGCCCCAUGUUGCUUAGGUAAGGUUGCUGGGCAACAGGGUUCAGGCCUGGCCUGGCCUUGGGGGAGGGUUGAGGGUGAACCAUGGGUGCUCCUGGGUGGUGAGGGUAAGGUUGGGAGUGGGUAGCUGGAAGGGAAAACACCGUUUGGGGUUUUAUGAAAGAAUUUUAUUCUGGGGUUUAUCAUGUUUUUGAAAAUAAUGCUCAACUAAACCCAGGGAAAAAAGAAAUUUCUUUAUUUAAAACUGCAUUUUUUUUUUCCUUUUCUGUGAAACUACAAGUUUACAAGUGAGGAGAGAACUGCCCCCGGCCCGUGCCUCCCACCCUCCACCCAUCACCCAUCUAACCUGCUCCCCUCCAGUCCUGCCUGGGUCUUUGACAGGAGAGGUUCCCCACUAUGACAGUCUUAUAAAAUCCUGAGGAUGUUUGAGGGACUCAGAUGGUAGGGUUCUGGCCAAGGAUGGGACACUGGUGAUUUGACUUUCCCCCACACCUGGCUUUUUAUGACAUGCCUCCUCUCUCCCCCCACCCUCUUGAUUUUAGACUGAGAAAAAAAGAAUGCCUCGUUUCUGGGGAAAUUGAGGGAGAUACAUACACAAGCACCCCAACCCACAUUUAACAUAUUUGGCAAUAACCCCCUCCCUGUUCUUCCCUCUCCAAUCUGCAAAUAGGUUAAAAAGAAGACUUAAAGAUGUGUCACUCACAGGGGAAGGUGGCGCUUCCUCAAAAUUACUGAAUCCAGCCCUGCCCAAGGGUUGUGUGUUUGUGUGUGUGUGGCGGGGGGCGGGGGGGACAGGUCAACAAACCACUGGCUACCUCCAUACCAAGAGCAGCAAAGAGCUGCCUGCAUAAGCAAAGAACACCUAAGUGAUUUGGGGGGGGGCGGGGGGCAGGCUUGGUGCCCUGCUAAGCUAAACAUACUUUCUGAUGGACAGGACUGGAACCAGGUGGGCCUUUUCACAAGUUCUGUUUGUUCCCCUUUCUCUUACGACCCCUUUGGCUAUCACCCCUAACAUGGAAAAGCAAAAAAUUAAAAAAAAAUCAAUAUAUUUAUAAAAACAUCUACUUCCCCAAACUAAAAAUUAAGAGCCAAUUACAGCAAUAAAAAAAAAAAAAAUUAAAAAGCACAGAUGGAUUCCAGGGUUUCGUUUCUUUACUUAACAAAAAAAAAAAAAAAGAAAAAAGAAAAAAAAAAAAUCAAGCCCUAAGCCCAGU